CCUUUUGCUGUGACUGACUGAUUAGCUAGGGCGAAGCGAGGCGAGCGUUGCGCGCGAGGCGCUCUAGCAUUCGAUCGAUCGAGCGGGAGCGCAUCGCUCUCUGGGAUGACACAGUCGGAUAAUCGAGCUGCGUCUGGAACGAAGCGAGCGCGCUCGGAAGGACCUCGCGGCGAUGGCGAUUGGACGUGCCCCUUGUGUGGCAAUGUCAAUUUCGCGUUUAGAGCUACUUGCAACAUGAGAAAAUGUGGAGCGAGCAAGCCAGCUGAUAUCACUCGGGUGGGAGGAGGGCCGAUUGGACCGCUACCGUAUGACCAAUCGCCGGCGCUCUUCAUGGCCGGGCCUGGAGUUCCUCCUCCAAUUCAAGUGGGGAUCAAUGGAGGAUACACGCAGGUGCCGAUGCCUCCUCCCGUAUCAACGAUUCCAUACGACUAUGGUGGUGGAAUGAAUCUACAAACGACUUAUAACCCGAUUCCACUACCCGGUGCUUAUAAUCCCGCGCUAGUUCAUGCGGUACAUCAUCAUGAAGGUGUGCACUUAGGAUCUGGCUUUGGAGCUCCGGUCGUGGACGGCUAUGGAAUGGGCAUGACUAUGGUUCCUCCACCUUUUUCGGUGAUGCAGAUUCCAGGGCCUCGGCCGGGUGUACAAAUCGAAGAGAAUGGCUCACGGAAGCGUAGAGGCGGGCCGGAAGGCUCGGAGGGCGAUUGGAUAUGUCCGAAGUGUGGCAACUCAAACUUCGCAUUCAGGACCUUCUGCAACAUGCGCAAAUGCGGCACUCCCAAACCCGCGGAACCGGUCCCUCGCAUUGCACCUCAAAAGGCUAACUCACAAGGUCCAACCCCGGAAGGAAGUUGGACGUGCGAUGCUUGUGGUAAUGUAAAUUAUCCCUUCCGAACGAAAUGUAAUCGCAGGAACUGUGGCGUUGACAAACCCGCUGAUGCAAAGCUUACAACGAAAACGUCUCCUCCUCCAUCGGACUAAGGUAUGGCCUUUCCUCCCGCCCUCUUCUCAGUUUUUCUCCAUUCUCUUUCCUCUUUUCCCUUCUUGAGCUCUUGACACCGUCACAGCUCUUGCGAGCUGGUAUGCCGACCAUCAGAGACAGUGCUGACUUGGUUCGUUUACCGCUUGGGGCUUCCCGUGUUGUGCUGCGAGCAAUUCCAUUCGAUCUGAUUGAUGGGUUUUUCGUGUCUCUGCCCCUGUUUCAGUACUGUCGUCGAGCUUGUGGAGGUCCGAAAAAAAAAAAAACCAAAAGAUGAAAAAGAAAAACACUGUCAACGUUUUUCCGCCUGGUCCGUCGUUGGUGUCUCUUCUCAAGUCUCAGUUUUCUGAUCAGGCCUCUCGUCUCCGUCGUCGUCAUGGUCGCGUAUAUAUACAUUAUGUACAGACGGCGAAUGUACGUUUUUUUCUUGGUAUACAUAUGGUCGAGAGGGUGAGGAGAGAUUUUUUUUGGGGCCUUUUACAAUCGCCUUUUACAAUCGCCCUUUUUGGGGCGAUUGUAAGAUUAUAGUUUAAGAGAUUGGUAUAUUCUUUCAA